AACGUCAUUGUGUUUAUUAUCAAAGCAAGUCCGUGUUUGAUUGCGAGUGUGGUAUUAUAACUUCGAUUUUAUGCUUGUGCUAAAGAAUAGCACGUGUUGCUUGAAUAAACGUGGGAUAUAGUUAUUUCCAUUCUACGCUUUUGCACGUGUUUAUUACGAAGGGUGCUUUGUAUUAAUUUUUAUUUUUAGACUUCUAGAAAAAUUACGGUUGGUGCUGUAGCUGUAUCCUGAAUAAUUUCGCCAUGGAAAUUCUAACAGACAUGUUGGAUCUUGUAGGCUGCACUAUAAGAUUUGAUACGUACGAAGGUGAUUACCAAGGCAUUGUGAAAAGUGUAUGUCCUGAUACAACAAGGAUAACUGUAAGUAAAUUAACCUUUCUGCCUACCAACACAUUUUUGGGUAUGUUAAUUUUUCGUGCUCGUGAAAUCAAUUCUUAUACAGUAGUAAGUCGGCCUAGUGAUAAAGAAAUUGCUGCAAAGAGUGCGGCCGUUCAGAAUUCAUAUUCGCGACCUGUAAAUAACGAUUCAUUUUGUUUCGGUGAUGUGUAUGAAGCGGAAGAAAAUUAUGAAGAAGAAAGUGUGUGCAUGGAAGAUGCAUUUGAGGAAGAUUAUGUGCUGAUUUUACCAACAAAAUUUUGUGAGGUACUGCCAUUGGAUUCUGUUAUUCUGCAAGGCGUUGACGAGGAAUUUCACCUUGCUAUUCAACAUUUAAUAAAGCAGACUGUAGUUGGUGUAUCAUUUGAAGGACCAAAUAUCAGUCGUGAUGGUAUUCUUAGUUGGGUGUGUAUAUCAAGUGCUGCUUGCACUUUCUUAUUUGACAUCCAGUCUCUGCAAAAGGCAGCUUUUGAUUGUGGUUUAAGAGAAGUGUUUGAAAAUAAAAACGUAGAAAAAGUUGUUCAUGAUUGCCGUCAAGCUUCAGAUUGUUUAUUUCACCAGUAUAAUACGAAACUAGUGAAUGUUUUUGAUACACAAGUGGCAGAUUAUAUUAUAAGCAUGCAAAGGAAUAAGGAAAAAGGAAUUUUGAAAUAUGUUAAUCCAAUAAAUACUUGCCUAUUUCAACAUUUGAAUGUUCCUCAAGAAUUUCUGUAUGUUUCGAAGAAGUUUUACACAUAUGAAUCAAAGUUGCUAUUUUUUAGCUUACGUCCUAUAAGCAAUGAUUUCAGAGAUUUGCUUAUAAAAAAUUCAAUAUAUCUAAGAUUAUUGAGAGAUAAAUUGUUAGAUUUGCUGCUGAAUCCUUUUCGGAGAGCAGUUGAUGUAUACUUGCAUGUACUUCAGGGUGCAUCAGAGCAAGAACUUUUGUUAGAACCCUCUGUUCCAGAAAUGGUGCCCCCAUCUUUACUUAUAGAUGGUUUGCAAACAGUUUGUUUCAAAGAAUUUGUUGAUAUACCAAGUACUGUGUCUUCAGGACCACCAUAUAGGAAAUUGAAAGAUCCGUUGAAGAAGGCAAUGAAUUUAAUGGAUAAAUGGAAACCAUAA